CAGGCUCGGGCCCUCAGGCGGAGCGGCGGGCGCCGGACCCCCAGGCGGAGCGACAGGUCUCGGGCCCCAGGCGGAGCGGCGGGCGCCGGACCCCCAGGUGGAGCGACAGGUCUCGGGCCCUCAGGCGGAGCGGCGGGCGCCGGACCCCCAGGUGGAGCGACAGGUCUCGGGCCCUCAGGCGGGGCGGCGGGCGCCGGGGCCCCCAGGCGGGAGCGACAGGUCUCGGGCCCUCAGGCGGAGCGGCGGGCGCCGGGCCCCCCAGGCGGAGCGACAGGCGGAGCGGCGGGCGCCGGACCCCCAGGCGGAGCGACAGGUCUCGGGCCCCCAGGCGAAGCGGCGGGCACCGAGUCACCAGGCACGACAGUGGGCUCCGAGUCAACUGGCAUGACCGCUGGCACUGGGUCAGACAUUGGAUCGUCUGGCUGGACAGCGGGCAUCGGGUCACCAGGCAUCAGGUCAUUUGGCUCG